AACAACUCUUUAGAUACCAUGAAGAUGAUGAGGUCAACAAGAGUACUUCAGAGAAGAAUGGGAAAGAAAUGUCAGAACAGACAUUACAGAAGGUCAUUGAGUUGGAAAAUCGGCUAAAAUCUUUUGAGAAAAGUUCAAGAAAAUUUAAAAAAGAGAAUAAAAAAUUAAUGAAAGAAAAUGAUUUCCUGAAGUUCCACUUAAAACAACAUCAACAAGAUGCAGAGACCAGAGAAAAAGAGCUAGAACUGCUAGUUAAGAGGAGUAAAGAUGCAGAAAAAGACAAAACUGAACUUCAAGUAAAAAUCAGUGAGCUGGAGAAAGAAGUCACUUCCCUAAGGAGACAGGUGGCAGAAGCUAACACACUGAGAAAUGAAAAUGAAAUGCUGGUGAAUCCAGUGGAGAAAUCGCACCAUUCAGCAGACAAGGCUAAAUCUGAGAUGGCCACCACAGAAGUGAAAUCUGGACAGUAUGAAUGUAAGACUACCACUACCAAGGUAAAAUUGAAAGCAGCAAAGAAAAAGUACUCUGUGGGUCGUCACCACAUGGUUCUUAAUCACUCCAUCAAGGUUAUGAGCAAUGUGUUUGAGAACCUCAGUAAGGAUGGCUGGGAGGAUGUGAGUGAAAGCAGGUAAGACUUUCAUUAACUUAGCUCUGUGGUGGGGACACUGUGCAUAUGUAAA